GCCGUGGGAUACAUAGACCCCCACCCGACGGCUACAGUACGUACGGUACAUUGGCAGCACGCCCGAGCUUACAUCAACAACACGGGGUAUCUUUCCACCUCGAGCACUUGGCAAGCUGUAAUGUCUGAAGCUGCCACCGACCGAGACGCCCAGGUUGCGCAGCUCGCUAGCUUGACUGGUCUGGACGCUGCUACAGCAGAGCGCUACCUAAACGCUUCCAACGGAGACCUCACUCUUGCAGCCUCGCUAUUCUUUGACCAAACCGCCGAACAACAAGAAGCCGAUUCCGAACCAGACGUCGACAUGGCCGGCGACGACGAUUCCACGAACAACCCCAGCCAGAACCCGCCUCCUCCCUCGGGUGGCGGACGUACGCUUGGAGGUGACUAUGUUCCCUCUUCUGCACCGGCAGCAGCCUCUUCAUCAUCAUCGCAGCGGCCUGCUGGCCGUGGACAGCCGACACAGCGUGGUGUGGCUGGUGCGAGGACCUUGAGGGACUUGCAGUCAUCUGGUGGCGGCCACGGACACGCUCACGACGAUGACGAUGACGAGCAUAGCCCCGAGGACGACAGCCAGGACUUCUUUGCCGGUGGUGAAAAGUCUGGCCUUGCUGUACAGAACCCCAGCCAGUCGAACCCACGCGAUCAGAUCAACAACAUCCUCAAGCGGGCGCGACAAAAUGCUCCUCGACCAGGUGGUGACGACGAGCAGCCAGCCAGCUCGCACUUCCGUGGUGCAGGCACAACGCUGGGUGGCGACGAUGCUCCUUCGCGGAUCAUCCCAGACCCCAACGCGAACAUGCCUGCACCGCCCCCGCGUGCCCACCGCGAACUCCACCUCUGGCGCGAUGGCUUCUCUGUCGACGACGGCGACCUGUUUCGCUACGACGAUCCGGCAAACGCACGCACACUGGAGAUGAUCAACACCGGUCACGCCCCGCUGCAUAUCCUGAAUGUAGAGCACGGACAGGAGGUGGAUGUCGAGGUACACGCGCACAAGGACGAGGACUACAAAAAGCCAAAGAAGAAGUACGUUCCCUUCUCAGGCAGUGGAAACCGGUUGGGCAGCCCCACACCUGGCUCGAGUUCAACGGCUGCUACCAUGGCGGCUGCAGGCCCUAGUAGCACAGGAGCCUCGACGUCGGGGGGCUCUGCGCAACCUAGCGUCGAGGUGGACUCGUCGAUACCUACCCUCACACUACAGGUCCGCCUCGGGGACGGCACACGAUUGACAUCGCGGUUCAAUACUACACACACUAUCGGCGACGUCUACGACUUUGUGACCAGGGCCAGUGCGGCUAGUCAAGGACGCGAAUGGGCGCUCAUGACGACAUUUCCCAGUAAGGAACUGACGGACAAGGGCCAGGUGCUGGGUGACAUUGCAGAGUUCAAGCGCGGAGGGGUUGUUGUGCAGAAGUGGAAGUGAAGAAUGGUACGGUACGCCGGUGUGCGGGUGAAGGUUGGGAUUGCAGUACCACCGGCUAUGGGGGAAGAAUGCAGAGAGGUAGACGCGGAUGUAUGAUGACGAUGAUUAUGAGGUGCAUGAUGAUAGCCGAAUUGGGGCCGCGUGGUGGCUAAACGGUUGAGAGAAUCGGGCAGAGUGUAGUCGGCGCGAUGGCGCAAUUGCCCGAAUAGUAUCCAUGGAAGCAUGGCAAAAAUCCAAAUGUGACAUGAUGCACAAACUCGGCCAGUCAGUCAGUCGACACUCAACGGG